AUGAAUAAAUUCUUCAAAACCUCGAAUAUUGCACUAAGGUUGUUUAACCGAUCAGUCCAAUUACACGCACCCACUCAGAGGGUCCAGCAACUUGCUGGGAGUAUUGAAUCAACGGAUGAGUCCCGAAGAUUAUUGGAGGGUCUUGUUACAAGUCCAGCAAAUUAUGUUCCAUUGACACCUAUAAGUUUUUUGGAGAGAGCAGCAGAUGUUUUUCGCGAUAGAACUACGGUUGUGUUUGGGUCUUGUGUGAAGUAUACUUGGGAAGAGACACACUCUAGGUGUCUAAAACUUGCCUCUGCUUUAGUUCAACUUGGAAUUUCACGGGGAGAUGUGGUUGCAACUCUGGCUCCGAAUGUACCAGCAAUGCAUGAGUUGCAUUUUGUAGUACCAAUGGCUGGAGCUGUUCUAUGUACGUUAAAUACUCGUCUUGAUUCAUCAAUGGUAGCUGAUUUGCUCAAACAUUCUGAAACCAAGAUAAUAUUUGUUGAUCAACAAUUGCUCCAAAUUGCUCAACAAGCACUACUUAACCUUCUUUCAAAAGACAAAACAAUUAAACCACCAAUUCUUAUAUUAAUACCCGAAUCCAACAAUUCAUCUCCUCUCGUACUUGAUGUAUCUAACAUUCACGAAUAUGAAAAUCUGUUGACUAGUGGGAGUAGCAAUUUUACAAUAAGGUGGCCAAAAACUGAAAUGGAUCCUAUUAGUGUUAAUUAUACUUCUGACACAACGUCAUCACCUAAAGGAGUUGGGUACAAUCACAGAGGUUCAUAUCUUAAUACUAUUGCUACUUUUCUCUGUCAUGGCAUGGGUCCGAUGCCAACGUACCUUUGGACACUUCCAAUGUUUCACUGCAAUGGAUGGUGCAUGAUUUGGGGAAUGGCUGCACUUGGUGGCACAAAUGUUUGCCUUAGACAUGUCUCCGCGAAAAAUAUAUUUAAAAAUAUUUCUAUCAACAAGGUCACACAUAUGAGUGCAGCACCAAUUGUCUUGAGUAUGAUGGCAAAUUCUUCACCAAAUGACAGGAAGCCACUUCCCCAUAAGGUCGAAAUAAUGACAGGCGGAUCACCACCGCCUCCACAAAUUCUUUCCAAAAUGGAGCAACUCGGAUUUGGAGUAUCCCAUGGAUAUGGACUAACAGAAACUUAUAGUGCUGCUACGAGUUGCUUGUGGAAGCCUGAGUGGGAUUCUUUGCCCCUUGAAGAACGAGCCAUGCUUAAAUCAAGACAAGGGGUGCAAAGUCUUUGUAUUGAAAAAGUAGACGUUAUAGACCCUGAUACCAUGGAAAAUGUGCCAGCUGAUGGAAAAAGCAUUGGUGAGAUUGUGUGCAGAGGGAAUACUGUGAUGAGUGGAUAUUUGAAAGAUGUUAAAGCAACUAAAGAAGCUUUUAAAGGCGGAUGGUUUCAUACUGGUGAUGUUGCAGUGAAACAUCCAGAUGGGUAUAUAGAAAUUAGGGAUCGGCUGAAGGAUAUUAUAAUUUCUGGAGGUGAAAACAUAAGCACACUCGAAAUGGAAGGAGUUUUACAUAGUCACCCAGCAGUUGUUGAGGCAGCAGUAGUCGCACGACCAGAUGAUCAUUGGGGACAAACACCUUGUGCAUUCGUGAAGCUGAAAGAAGGAUCUAAACAAAUAACUUCAGAUGAAAUAAUCAAUUAUUGUAGGGAUCAUUUGCCACAUUACAUGACUCCUGGAGCAGUCGUUUUUGAAGAUUUACCAAAAACUUCAACUGGCAAGGUACAAAAAUUCAUCUUGAGAGAGAAAGCAAAAGCUUUGGGCAGUCUUUUCAACCCUGAAAGAAAAGUGUAAUAAGU